ACCGUAAUAAGUCACGUGGGCUGGUGUUGCAAAAAAGUACAGCACAACAAGCUGUAGUACAUUGGGCCUUAAUUUGGAAAGCUGUAUGAGACGUUGAUGGAGAGGCAUGGCCCGCAUAUCUCUACCCUCUUUGGACUCCUCCCUUCCAGGGAUACCCCAGAGUGUCCUGGCUGUUUCCAUGGAAGCUAAGUACCAAUGCCAGCAGUGUCACCAGGUCCUGAGGAAGCCAGUCCAGGCUCAGUGUGGACAUCGUUUCUGUGUCCAUUGUUUCAAACUGCUCACCAGCUCCGGCCCAAAGCCCUGUGAAGCCUGUCGACAGGAGGAGAUAUAUGAGGAGCCACAGUCCAUUCUCAAUAGUAAUGAGGCUUUUCCAGACAAUGCAGCUGGUAGAGAAAUCGCCAGCCUACCUGCCAAAUGUAUCAGUGAGGGAUGCUCUUGGACUGGUUGCAUAAAAGAAUAUGAGGCACAACACGAGGGCAAGUGUGAGUAUGAGCGAGUACCAUGUGAAACCUGCCAGGUCCUUAUCCUGCGCAGUGAAAAAGAGAGGCAUAAUGAGAGAGAAUGUGAAGCAAGGACAUUGAACUGCAAGUACUGCAAAGUCUCCUUCAACUUCAAGGAAAUCAAGGCUCAUGAUGAAAUCUGCCAGAAGUUUCCCAUGCAGUGCAAGGACUGUGGAAAGAAAAAGAUCCCACGGGAAAAGUUUCUAGAUCACAGCAGAUCCUGUGCCAAGUCUAAGACUGCAUGUCCGUUCAGUGAGAUCGGCUGCAAGGUUGUGAUUGAUAAUGGGAAGCACAGUGACCACGAGCAGACUAGUGUCAUGGAGCACAUGCGUCUGAUCCUGGCGAUGAUGUCUCUGGUGCGGCUUCAGCGUCCAGAGGCCCCAGGGCUGGGGGAGUGGCAGGAGGACUCUGGGCUGGGCCUGUACCGCGCUCCCGAGGAUGGAGCCACAGCUACUGCAGCCACAGAUGGGGGAGGAGCUGCUGCCUCUGGACAGACCUUUGGUCUUGACCACAAGGUGAGAGCACUGGAGAAUAUAGUGUGUGUAUUGAACAGGGAAGUGGAGAGGAGUUCUCUCACUUUAGAGGCCUUCUCACGGCAACAUCGUCUAGACCAAGACAAGAUUGAGAACCUCGGCAACAAGGUACGUCAACUAGAGCGUACUCUCACCAUGCGGGACCUACAACUGGCUGAGACAGACCAGACUCUGAGAGAACUCCAGUUUUGCACCUUUGAUGGUGUCUUUGUCUGGAAGAUCGCCGACUUCUCACGGCGCCGCCAGGACGCUGUGGCCGGGCGAACACCCGCUAUGUUCUCACCAGCAUUCUACUCAAGUAAAUAUGGCUAUAAGAUGUGUCUGAGACUGUAUCUGAAUGGGGACGGAACGGGUCGAGGGACUCACCUUUCUCUUUUCUUCGUGGUGAUGAGGGGCAAGUGUGACGCUCUGCUCAAAUGGCCCUUCAGUCAGAAGGUGACACUGAUGCUGCUGGAUCAGAAUAACAGGGAGCAUAUCAUUGAUGCCUUCCGACCUGAUUGUGCACACUCCAAAGGAACGCAUUCCCCUCUAAAGAGCCCCAGAAGCGAACCAAACUGGGACCAUCUCAAGAUGUGGUCUGAGUUCGGUGCACUUGAAUUCCUCGGUCCGGUUCCCUUUUUUAGGGCAAUGUGAACACAAAGCCACUCCGGUUCGCUUGUCAUUAUUCCCGCACCAGACACUAGAAUACUGCAACACCGUUUCCUCUGCCAUAACCCAAGGAAUUAAAUCAUCAAAAUGUAUUGAUCACAUCUUUACUAAUGCUGCAGAUAUUUGCUUUAAAGCAGUAUCCAAAUCCAUCGGAUGUAGUGAUCACAAUAUUAAUAGCCAUAUUUAGGAAAACCAAAGCUCCAAAGGCUGGGCCUAACAAGACAUUUUGUAAUGAUUCAUAUGUUGAUGAUGUAAAUAAUAUUUGCUGGUCUGUGGUGUGUAAUGAGGAACAACCAGACGCUGUACUUGACGCAUUUCUGAAAAUACUUAUUCCAGUUACUAAUAAGCACCCAUUCAGAAAAUGACUGUAAAAACUGUUAAAUUGCCUUGGAUUGAUGAGGAAUUGAAAAAUUGUAUGGUUGAGAGGGACGAGGCAAAAGGUAUGGCAAAUAAGUAUGGCAGCCCAACUGAUUGGCAAACAUACUGCAAAUUUAAGAAAUCAUGUGACUAAACUAAAUAAAAAGAAACUACACUAUGAAACAAAUAAAUUAUAUAAAGCAAGAUAGUAAAAAGUAUUGGGGCACCUUAAAUUAGAUUUUGGGUAGAAAAGCCAUCUUAGCUCCUUCAUUCAUUGAAUUAGAUGGCUCAUUCAUCACAAAGCCCACUGAUAUUGCAAACUACUUUAAUGACUUUUUCAUUGGCAAGAUAAGCAAACUUAGGGAAGACAUGCCAACAACAAACGCUGACACUACACAUCCAAGUCUAUCGGACCAAAUUAUGAAAGAAAAUAAUUGUACUUCUGAAUUCUGUAAAGUCAGUGUGGAAGAGGUGAAAAAAUGGUUGUCUAUCAACAAUGACAAGCCACCGGGGUCUGACAACCUGGAUGGAACAUUACUGAGGGUAUUAGUGGACAAUAUUGCCACUCCUAUUUGCCACAUUUUCCAUUUAAGCCUACUACCGAGCGUGUGCCCUCAGGCCUGGUUGGGAAACCAAAGUCAUUCCGCUACCCAAGAAUAGUAAAUCCAAUCGAAGUUUAUUUGUCACGUGCGCCGAAUACAACAUGUGUAGACCUUACAGUGAAAUGCUUACUUACAGGUCCUAACCAACAGUGCAAUUUGUGAGUAAAACAUAGGUAUUAGGUGAACAAUAGAAAUAAAAAAACAACAGUAAAAAGACUGAAAAAUAACAGCGGUGAGGCUAUAUACAGUAGUGAGGCUAUAUACAGGCACCGGUUAGUUGGGCUAAUUGAGGUAGUAUGUACAUGUAGGUAUGGUUAAAGUGGCUAUGCAUAUAUGAUAAACGGAGAGUAGCAGUUGCGUAAAAGGGGGGGUGGUGGGGAGGACACAAUGCAAAUAGUCCGGGUAACCAUUUGAUUACCCGUUCAGGAGUCUUAUGGCUUAGGGGUAAAAACUGUUGAGAAGCCUAUUGGACCUAGACUUGGCGCUCCGGUACCGCUUGUCAUGCGGUAGUAGAGAGAACAGUCUAUGACUGGGGUGGCUGGGGUCUUUCACAAUUUUUAGGGCCUUCCUCUGACACCGCCUGGUGUAGAGGUCCUAGGUGGCAGACAGCUUAGCCCCAGUGAUGUACUGGGCCGUAUAGAGUACCCUCUGUAGUGCCUUGUGGUUGGAGGCCGAGCAGUUGCUGUAGCAGGCAGUGAUGCAACCAGUCAGGAUGCUCUCGAUGUUGCAGCUGUAGAACCUUUUGAAGAUCUGAGAACCCAUGCCAAAUAUUUUAGUUUCCUGAGGGGGAAUAGGCUUUGUCGUGCCCUCUUCACGAAAGCCCCCUUUACUGGCUCAAAUAGCCGACCAAUCAGCCUGUUACCAACCCUUAGUAAGCUUCUGGAAAAAAUUGUGUUUGACCAGAUACAAUGCUAUUUCACAGUAAACAAAUUGACAACAGAAUUUCAGCAUGCUUAUAGGGAAGGACACUCAACAUGCACAGCACUUUCAGAGUGGGUGGCAAGGAAUAAGUUAGCCCUAAAUAUUUCUAAAACUAAAAGCAUUGUAUUUGGAACAAAACACUCACUUAACCAGGCAGCACGGCUGGCCCUUGGAUGUACACAGAGAGCUAAUAUUAAUAAUAUGCAUGUAAAUCUCUCCUGGCUGAAAGUGGAGGAGAGAUUGACUUCAUCACUACUUUUCUUUUUAUUGAGAGGUAUUGACAUGUUGAAUGCACCGAGCUGUCUGUCUAAACUACUGGCACACAGCUCGGACACCCAUGCAUACCCCACAAGACAUGCCACCAGAGGUCUCUUCACAGUCCCCAAGUCCAGAACAGACUAUGGGAGGCACAUGGUACUACAUAGAGCCAUGACUACAUGGAACUCUAUUCCACAUCAAGUAACUGACGCAAGCACUAAAAUUUGAUUUUAAAAAAGCAGAUAAAAAUACACCUUAUGGAACAGCAGGGACUGUGAAGCAACACAAACAUAGACACAUACACAAUAACACACGCACUGUACGUACACAUGGAUUUAGUACUGUAGAUAUGUGGACGUGGUGUAUUAGGGGCCUGAGGGCACACAGUGUGUUGUGAAAUCUGUGAAUGUAUUGUAAUGUUUUUAAAAUUGUAUAAACUGCCUUAAUUUAGCUGGACCCCAGGAAGAGUAAUUGGGAUCCAUAAUAAAUACAAAUAACCCCUCACAUUGGAACCACACGAGGGAAGAUGAUGAUGUGCAGGCUCUCAGAAAAAAUCUUGCUGUUUUGGGAUAUUGAUUAGCGAUUGUCAAGGAAGCACAGAAAUUCCAAAAUAUGUGUGGAGAUUUUAGUUCAGAUUAUUUAUUUGCAAUAUGUGAUCUAUAAAGAGAGCUACAUAAGCUGUUUUAUUCACUUGUGGGGUUUGAAAAGUGUGAGAAGACAACAACAUAUUUGAUGAGAAUCACAACAUCAGGUACAAAAUCAAUUCUAGCUCUUAAAGGGACAGUAGCCCAUGGGUGUACAACUUUCAAUUUAAUCUGCAGUUAUUCUUUUGCUAUGUAUUCUGUUACUAUUAACAUGUAAAUAUUAUUGUUAUCUUCUGAUGGCAUUUAGUUAAAAGAUGAGACAAUUGUAAUCUAUUAGCUUCCAAAAUGUUGUUUUUCAAGGUAACAACACUGCCAUCACGCACAGAUGCGCGCGACUCUUGGCGGCAGUAAGAAAGCCAUCGCCAUCUGCACCCAUUCAACAUAGCCUUGAUUUAUUACUUCUAAACAAAGUCACUUUUUGUGGUUCUUAUACGCUUCCAAUGAUUCUUUUAAAUUCUUGCUUGAACAGUCGAUAAGGUUAUAUUUGGUUAUGAUCUUUGCAAAAUAACUAUUUUGGAUGCAGCGGUUGUUAGCUAGAAUGCUAAAGCUCAUUGAUAUAGGCUGUAGCAAAAGCUUGCCAAAGAGCCGUUUUACUGGUUGAAGUUUUUUUUUUUAAGUAUAAUGUACACUCAGCAAAAAAAGAAAUGUCCCUUUUUCAGGACCCUGUCUUUCAAAGAUAAUUCGUAAAAAUCCAAGUUUAUACACUGUUUCCCAUGCUUGUUCAAUGAACCAUAAACAAUUAAUGAACAUGCACCUGUGGAACGGUCAUUAAGACACUGACAGAUUACAGACGGUAGGCAAUUGAGGUCACAGUUAUGAAAACUUAGGACACUAAAGAGGCCUUUCUACUGACUCUGAAAAACACCAAAAGAAAAAUGCCCAGGGUCCCUGCUCAUCUGCGUGAACGUGCCUUAGGCAUGCUGCAAGGAGGCAUGAGGACUGCAGAUGUGGCCAGGGCAAUAAAUUGCAAUGUGUAACAACACCUGCACAGGAUCAGUACAUCCGAACAUCACACCUGCGGGACAGGUACAGGAUGGCAACAACAACUGCCCGAGUUACACCAGGAAUGCACAAUCCCUCCAUCAGUGCUCAGACUGUCCGCAAUAGUCUGAGAGAGGCUGGACUGAGGGCUUGUAGGCCUGUUGUAAGGCAGGUCCUCACCAGACAUCACCGGCAACAACACCGCCUAUGUGCACACACCCACUGUCGCUGGACCAGACAGGACUGGCAAAAAGUGCUCUUCACUGACGAGUCGCGGUUUUGUCUCACCAGGGGUGAUGGUCGGAUUCGCGUUUAUCAUCGAAGGAAUGAGCGUUACACCGAGGCCUGUACUCUGGAGCGGGAUCGAUUUGGAGGUGGAGUGUCCAUCAUCGUCUGGGGGGCGGUGUGUCACAGCAUCAUCGGACUGAGCUUGUCAUUGCAGGUAAUCUCAACGCUGUGCGUUACAGGGAAGACAUCCUCCUCAUGUGGUAUCCUUCCUGCAGGCUCAUCCUGACAUGACCCUCCAGCAUGACAAUGUCAGCAGCCAUACUGCUCGUUUUGUCCGUGAUUUUCUGCAAGACAGGAAUGUCAGUGUUCAGCCAUGGCCAGCGAAGAACCUGGAUCUCAAUCCCAUUGAGCACGUCUGGGACCUGUUGGAUCGGAGGGUGAGGGAACUUGCAGGUGCCUUGGUGGGGUAACAUCUCACAGCAAGAACGGGCAAAUCUGGUGCAGUCCAUGAGGAGAUGCACUGCAGUACUUAAUGCAGCUGGUGGCCACAUCAUAUACUGACUGUUACUUUUGACCCCACCCCCCCUUUGUUCAGGGACACAUUAUUCCAUUUCUGUUUGUCACAUCUGUGGGACUUGUUCAGUUUGUCUCAGUUGUUGAAUCUUCUUAUGUUCAUACAAAUAUUUACACGUUAAGUUUGCUGAAAAUAAACGCAGUUGACAGUGAGAGGAUGUUUCUUUUUUUUUGCUGAGUAGUUGAUUUGCGAUAUGGAGCAAUAUUUGUAAACACAGGAAGGGGUAUACUGUAGCUGUCCAAUAACAUGUUCUGGUGGAAUGACUUGUCCUGCACUUAGUAAAAACCCAGAGUGCAUUGAGUGAAUGUUGGAAAAAGAUGUUGGUCCCUUAACAUAGCAAUAUGAAUGCAAAGAGGACUCAGAGCACAAAAUAGAUGAAGUGACCUGGUAAGAGUUUAAAGUCAAGGGGAGUGUGAAUAUGAAAAGAACAGAGUUCUUUAGCUUUUCUUUUUACCCCUGAGUUCGGUUCAUUUUUUAACCUUUAUUUAACAAAUUCUUAACAAUGACGGCCUACCAGGAACAGUGGGCUAAUUGCCCUUUGUUGAGGUGCAUAAUGACAUAUUUUUACCUUUUCAGCUCGGGUUUUGAUCUAGCAACUUUUUGGUUACUGGCCCAAUGCUCUAACCACUAGGCUACCUGCUGCCCCAUUUAAAGAGGACUAUAUGUGAAGAUACCCUUAAUCUCUUCUUAUGCACUCUGGACAUGCGUUGUUAGUACGCAACUCACUUAAGACCGUUGUAGUGGAAGAGUGAGAGAAGGUGAUAUACUUGCGACGUGCACUGAGAUCCAGCAUGAUGACUCAAUAUAGCCACUAUAUGUAUCUCUUAAUAACUGCAUAAUGGUGCAAGUUAGACAUACUCAUUAUAGUCAUACUGAGAUGUGAUGUAAGGCUCACUAGAUUGCUCCAGAGAUGUACAGGGCCUGUUGCAUGUAUUUACAUAUUGGAGUCAGAUUGAGACAUUUAGUUUAUUAUAUUCUACAUAAUGGUUGGAUAAUUUCCACACAUCUACAGAAUGAUGACCCCCUCAUUCUCAGUGAUGGGGAAUUCUACCAACACAGAUGCCAUUAUACAAGUAAUAGCCUACCUCCCAGUACACGUGACUGAAAAAACAAAUUUAAGGUGUCUUUGGUACAUACUUUGUCUAACCUAUACUCAAAUUAAACAAAUUCUAGUAAUCA